CUCAGGUGUUUGCCUUAAUGAGAAGUAUCUAGUUCCUUCUCCUUAGCCUAUAUUCAGAUAUCAGAGGCAUAAACCUGGUGCUAAGAAAUUUGUUAUUUGGUGGAAUUGUUAUUUUUUUAAACAAAUAUUUUAAUCACCAUGGGGUUCUUUUGUCUUUUUAUUAAAAUGUUAAAAAAGAAAUUUGCUACUCAAAAACCUUGUCUCCGUUUUGGAUUAGCAGAGUUCUUGGGGACCUAUAUUUUAAUUUUGUUUGGCUGUGGCUCAGUGGCACAAAUGGAGUUGAGUGGUUAUGAGAAGGCACAGUUCCUUAGUGUCAACAUGGCUUGGGGAUUUGCAGUCACUGCAGGAGCAUACGUGGCAGCUGGAGUUUCAGGUGCACACCUAAACCCAGCAGUGUCCUUUGCUAUGUGUCUACUGGGAAGGAUGACAUGGAUGUUGCUGCCAGUGUACUGCGUGUCUCAGUUUGCAGGGGCUUUCUUGGGAGCCGUCACUGUCUUUGGCCUUUACUAUGAUGCUUUGCAUACUUACAGUGAAGGAAAUUGGACUGUUACUGGCCCCAUGUCAACAGCUGGGAUCUUUGCCACAUACCCAUCAGACCACCUUAGUAUUACCAAUGGGUUUGCAGAUCAGGUCAUUGCAACAGCUGCCUUAUUGGCCUGUAUCCUGGCUAUCACUGAUGAACAGAACUGUCCUGCUCCCAAGGGAUUACAGCCAUUUCUGAUUGGUGUGAUUGUACAAUUAGUGGGUAUGUCUAUGGGCUUAAACUGUGGCUAUCCCAUCAACCCUGCUCGAGACCUGGCACCAAGGGCUUUUACAGCAAUCGCUGGUUGGGGCUUUGAGGUUUUUGAAGCUGGGAACCACUGGUGGUGGGUGCCUGUUAUUGGCCCCAUGGUAGGAGCAGUUGUUGGAACUCUGGCCUAUGUGCUGUUCAUUGAAAUUCAUCAUCCUACAGAUACAGAGAUGACUUCUGGUACUGUUACUAGAAGAAACAAACCUUCAGAUUCCAGGAAAACUGAUCCUCCAGAAUAUGAACUUGUGCAGACUGCAGCCUGAACUUUUUUUUUUUUUUUUUUUUGCUAAAUUGUCUGUUUAAUUAUUAAUUAAUAAAGUUUGUGCUUUUCCUUUUC